AACAAGAUAUUAUUUACCUUUCCGCUUCAACAAGCUAUUAUUCACCUCUCCGCUAAAGCCCCUUCCGACACGAGUUCAUUUUUUCCAGCUGUCACGGUGGUAACUUUAUCAAGCAAGAGAAGAUUUCCCGGAAAAGCAUGGCCACUUCACCUUAUACACCGAAAGGGAAAGGAGCAACCGUUGUCAAAGAAGUCGUAGACACGAUCAACAGUUUGGGAAUAUUUGCAAAUGACCAUAAGUUUCUUUGCCGUGUGGCCUGGGUUGAGUCCAAAUAUGGAGAGGCCCCUGGGACAUACCGGAGUGGUUACCAUGGAGGGAUUUGGCAGGUUGACAAAAUUGGUUAUCGCGAGACUGUUAUUCAGCAAGGUCUGAAGAAGUACUGGGACCAAAUUAAAGCCAAACUCGACAUCGACUGGACCAAGACUCAAUGGGAAGAUUUGGAGAAACCGCUGUACUCUGGACUGGCUGCUCGGUUGUUCCUGGCCAGAAUUUCUGCUCCUAUUCCAUCUGACCUUCCUGCUCAAGCUCAGUACUGGAAGACUUACUAUAACACUUCAGCUGGGAAAGGGACUGUACAGAAGUUUAUUGAUGAUGUGGAGCAGGCAACAGGCUGUGCUGCCUAGAAAGACCAGAAAUAAUGCCGGCACGUAAAGAAAACUCCGUAUCUCAAACGUUUUUUCACUUGUCUUGAGAUACAAGGUUUUUAAAAUUAUUAGCUAGGACGUUUCUUUCCAUAACUGAGAUCUCUUUUAAUGUAGUCGAAUGUUUUUGCUUGAAAGACAAUUUAGCAACAGAGAAACAAGCUAUAAAACAUUUAAAGAAAACUGGAGCCGUUUGAUGUUUUUUACGGAUGCCAAAGCUUCCAAGAUUCUACAGUGGAAUCCUGAUUUUUCACACCACCAAAGGGAACGGAAAUUUCAUGGUAUGAAAAACUGGUAGUUCGAGAUAGCGGAUGUAAAAUUACAUCGGUCGACUGAGGGCCGGGAAGGUAAAGACUUUUGGUUCGAGUUAUCGGGAGCAGUUAACUUUGGUAUAUAUAUCCUUGACUGAUUCAAAUAUGCUUUCAACGUUAGCUAGCUAACGCUGCUCUGGUAUCUUACCAUAGAAGUUAAUUGCAAAAAAACAAGAUAAACAAAACAAAACAAAAAAAA